UCUUAGUCCAGAGAACAAUCGUCACACCUUCUGUUUUUUUUUUUGUUUUUUUUUUCUGUUUUUAAUCGUCCCACUUGCAAUGUUGAGAUCCCUUCUUCCAUCGAGGUAUCAUUUUGCAUCGGGAUGGAAAGACAGGGCGUCGAAACGAGUGGCGGCGGUGGUGCUGGGAUCCCGAUCCCACGCAGGGGAGCGUGGUCGUCUCCUUACCACGUCAUCAUCGUCGCCGUUGUCGUCCACGUGGCAAGAUUCAGCACAGCGGAUAGAAGAUGGCAGGUGUUGGGAUACCGAUCCGAGGGGCAUGGCGCGGAUGCAAUCGGCGCGCAGAGGAACUUGUGAUGGGUGGUGGUCCUCUCGGCAAAAACUACAGGACGGUAUCCCGAGAUCGGGAUACGGAUCCGAGGGCGACUUCUUGGCAGGGAUGGCUGUGAUGAUGAUGAUGAUGAUGUCUACUCCUCUUCCCCCUGGGCCUUCUAUUGAGGGACACUUGCCGCCGGAGACCCGUCUUUCCCCGAAUAGAACGUACGCCGGUCCUUAUGUCCACGUUUGGCCCAACUUUCAGUCCGAAUGCGGCGAAAGUGACAGUACGUCCUAUUUGGCUGAUGACGGCAAUGCAGCUGGAGAGCGAAUCCCAUCAACCUUACUGGGAUUUGUUGAUAUCAACAGAUUGCCUAUCUUCAACCUGUUGCAGGGCUUCUUACCAAAUCGUGACACGUGGCCGCACGGGAGCCAAUCUCAUCAACGCUGCUGGAACCUGUCGCAGAGGAGAUCCUCGCUGGAGUCCAUUCCUCUCCAGGUAGGGAGUACCUGGAGAGGGGAGGGGGAAGAUCAAGGUGCUUCGCUAUCGAGAUCUCGACCGUGUAUAUCGCCCCGCGUCAAUCUAUCUGCGAUGCCUGCGCCUGCCACGUGUCCCACGAAGAAGGUUCACUACUCAUACGGCGCGAUGAAGUCUGAAGAGCGUAGGAAGGAGGAGGAGGAGGAGGAGGAGGAGGAGGAGGAGGAGGAGGAAAGGAGUGUAGUGAGGAGAAAGAUGGUGAUGGGGGGAGUAAAUUGGAAUGCGAGGGGAUCGAACUCUUAUCUUCGAGAGGAAGGAGGUAAUUACUUCUUCAAGGAUAGCCGAGUGCCAUGGAGGGGAAGGAGCGAGCAGAAGCGGAUGGCAUUGUGCGGUACGGAUGUUGUCGCUCAAAGUACUAUCCCUGAUGCAGAUUUUUUCGGCCUAGGGCAGGACAUCGUUGUUGUGAAUAAUAACAAAUUCAGCAGUAAAUCGAAUGUUGUAGGGAUUCCGAAGAGAAAGGAGGAUAAGAAUCUGGAUAAAGUUACCAAUAUGAAAAUGAUUAAGGGGGAAUCUAAGGGUGAUAGGAACGUUGGGGAGGAUCUGGAUGCGGAUCUGGGGGAGGAUGAGAACGAUUGGGAGAAGGAGGAUGGAGUUACGAUUAAAGAGGAGGCGGAUGAGACGAAGACGAAUGAUCAAACAGGAGGCAAUGUGAGAAAGGAACCGUUCGAUUGGUCUGCGUUGGAUGACUUCUUAGAUGAAUUGGAAUUUGGUCCAGAGGAGAGUCACUGUGACGACGAUUCUGGCUUUGACUUGGGAACGACUGCAAACCAGGAGAAGAACAAAGACAAUUCCUCAUCCUAAUCUUAUCGUUUUUGUAUUGAAAUUUUUCCUCUCCAUUUUAUUUUAUCCUUUUGCGUUAAGAG